UUGUUGACAGUGUGCGCGUGAAGCUGUCAGAGGAACAGGCUCUGUCCUCCGCUGCUGCCACGAACACACCUGGAACACACCUGGAACACACCUGGAACACACCUGCGCGGGAAGUCACCGUAAGUCUCUUAGAGCUAACGUUAGCCUGCGAGCUAACACCGAGCUAGCUGGGUUCAUAUGAUGCUAGUUAGCUCGGUGCUCGGUGUCUGUCCUCCCGUCCCGGUGUCUGUCCUCCCGUCCCGGUGUCUGUCCUCCCGUCACGGUGUCUGUCCUCCCGUCACGGUGUCUGUCCGGUUGUCGGUGACAUCUUGUUGUCUCGUGGAUGUUUGGUGUCAGCUGUUCAUGUGACGGAGCCGUCAUCUCCGGUAGAGACAGCGUCACACCGGGCUCCGUUAGCCUAACCGUCGGUUUAACGUUUCUCCGAGGCUGAGCUGAAAUAAAUGAACUCAGAGGAUGACGUAACGCUUCAUCAGAGGGUUCUGUCCGGUUCGGCCGGUACCGUCCAUCAAACAGCUGUGUGCUCGUUCACGCCCUCCGUGACUCCGGACCAGCUGCGUCGGAUUUGGCACACAAAAAUGGCAGCCCAGCCGACUCCGCCAUCCUUCCUGAGAGAGUUCUGCCCACUCUACUACUUGCUGAAUGCCAUCCCAGCCAAGGUACUGACCCGUUCCAAACCAGUCCAAACCCAGGCCAAGGUGCAGCGUGGGUUCAGGUCCGUCGUGGUCUACCUGACAGCUCUGGACAGUAGUCGUGACUUCCUGGCGGUGGGCAGCAGCAUCGGAAUGCUCUACCUGUACUGUCGCCGCCUUACACAUAUGAACAAGUACAGCUUGGAGGGAAAGAGUGAUGCGAUCACAGCCGUGAAGCUGCUUAGCUGUUUUGAUGAUCUGGUUGCCGUGGGCACGGCAUCUGGUCGAGUGGCAGUCUUCCAACUGGUGUCUCCACUUCCUGGUCGAAACAAACAGCUGAGGCGGUUCGAUGUGGUCGGCCUCCAUAAGGGCUCCAUCACGUCGUUGGCGUGGAGUACUAAUGGGAUGAAGCUGUUCUCUGGAGAUGAUAAGGGCCGGGUGGUGUUCUCCUCUCUAGACCUGGACCAGGGGGUGUGUAAACCUGUGCUGCUGCUGGAGGAGUCCUCAGGUGUGGUUCAGAUGGAGUACAGUCACCAGGUGCUGCUGGUCUCAACACAGCAGAGAUCUUUGCUUUACUGUACACAGAAACAGGAAGUCCAGCAGCUGGGCACCAAGCCCCGCAAGAGUAGCGGCAGGUUCGGAGCCUGCUUUCUGCCGGGUCUCUGUAAACAGAGCGAUCUUCAGGUGUUUGCUGCUCGUCCUGGACUCAGACUGUGGAGGUCUGACAUCAGAGGACAGGUGGAGGACACCAGACUGCUCAAACCACUCUUCAACACACAGAUUCCUCAGUUUGAGUUGUUUCCUCGUCCUGGUCCAAUCGGAGCUUACCGUCCAGCAGACAGACAGCUCGGUCUGCUCACCUGUUUCCUCAGAGAGGGCUGGAUCGUCAGCUGGAACGAGUACAGCAUCUACGUUCUCGACUGUCUUAAUGAGGGGAUAAUUGGAGCGUUGGACAGCAGUGGGGAUAUUGUGUCAGUGUCGUGUUGUGACAAUGAGAUCUUCAUCCUAAAAGGAGACAGAGACAUCAUCCGUCUGUCCGACAGCCCGGAGGGACUCGCCUCGAACCUGUCUGAGCUCUCCGUCCGUCUGUCCUCACCGUUGACCACACCCACCAUCCUUCCACCAACCGGAUCCGUGGAAACGGCUCAGCCAAUCAGAACCAUGGCUAUCAUCGUAGAGGGAGGGGGGAGCGAAGAGGGAAGAGGAGGAUGGCUGGCGACCAACAAGGAGGAGGGGGGGGAAGAGGAGGAGGUGGAGGAGGCAGAGGAGCAGCUGGAGGUGAUGGAGCAGCUCUGCCAGCCAUCCAGUUUGGUCACCAGCAACUCUCGGAGCCGCAGCAGCUCCGUCACUUCUUGGGACAGUCUCCAUGGAAACGCCUCAGUGACUACUUCCUGCGAGCUGAGCUCAAGACGCUACAGCGCUCCGCUCGGACAAGGCGAGGAGCUCGUGGUGAAGGCGAUCAGAGUGAAGAAGAAGAAGAGACGACGACAGGACAGCAGCAGUGGAACCCGUCUCUCUGAAAGCAGCUGUUCGGACUCCAUGUUUGUAGUCCAGGAUGGCAGCUGUAGUGAUGGAGGAAGUGGAACUCCUCAGAGUGACCGAGCCUCCCUCAUCGGUAUGGACCUUCAGAACCAGGACUCUCCAGAACCUGAGCAGGAGCAGGAGCCACAGGAGAUGGGGGGGUUGAACAGAGGAGUAAAGGGUGGAGAGGAGGUGGACUCUGGCUCCCUCCUGCCUCCAGGCAGCCUUCUGUUCCAGAGUCUGGAGAACCAACGGAACCAAGGAAAAGGUUCUGGUCCUUGUCCAGACGCAGAGGUUGUCCCUCCAACCCCGGAUGUGGAUCUGCUGCUAGAGUGCACCUUCUCCUACAUGCACAACACAGAGGAGGAGGAGGGACAGGAACAUCAGCCAAUGGAGGAGCAGGAAGAUGAGUUUCUGAGCCCUCUGAUUGGACCAGAGGAAAAGGAGGAGGAAGAGGAUGAAGAGCUGGCGCCCCCUACUGGUCCAGUAGACCACAUGUUUUACUCCACUGUGUCCAGCCUGGACAGAAAACCCAGUUUGUCCAGUGAUGAAGAUGGAGACAUCUACCGUCACACUCCACCCCCUGCUGGAUGUGGGGGGGACGUCCUCAACCACCUGACCAAUCAAACAGACAAGACAACACACGCUCAAGUGGACCAGGACGCUCAGGACAGAGACACACACAAACCUGAUCAGUUGGCAGAAAGCUGGAUGGGAUACUCAGGACCAGGAUGUGGAAUACUGAGUCUGCAGGUGACUGACAGGUUCGUGUGGUGUCUGGACUUUAAAGGAGGACUGUUCUGCAGCACUUUGCCUGAAACUGGACUCAACUGGCAGCGCUUUGAAGACAACGUCCACCAGGUGGCAGUAUCUCCUUCAGGUAACCUGCUGUGGAAGGUGGAGCAGAAAAGCCUGACAGCGUUUGCUUGUGCCAAAGUAUCCGUCAAAGGAAAACGUCACUGGUACAAAGCCGUGGAGCAAACAGCCUUCGUGGCUCUGAGUGACGACUCCGCCUGGAUCAUCAGGACCAACGGAGACCUCUACUUGCAGACAGGUCUGAGCGUGGACCGGCCCUGUGCUCGCUCGGUCCGGGUCGACACACCUUGUGUGUUCAGCCAGGUUUGUGUUAGAGGGGGCGUGGUCUGGGCCCUGAGCGAACACAAGGCAUUAUUCUACAGAGAAGGACUGGACCGCUACUGCAGCGAAGGAGAGGGCUGGAAAUACGACACCGUCAGUGAGGCUCAGGGUCUGGACCUGAUGUGUGUUGCCCUGGGAGACGGUGGGACGGCGUGGGCACUGGACGGCAGUGGCAGUUUGUGGUUCAGAACUGGACUCAGUUCAUCAAGACCUCAAGGAGAUGACGACCACUGGUGGCAGAUCAGUAUCUCGGACUACGUGGUCUUCGAUCAGGGCAGUCUGUUCCAGACUCUGCUUCAGGCCACACAGAGUGUUGCCACGGUAACCAGGGCGCCAGUGGAGCGGGUUGUGGCCUUUCUGUCGCAGUACUCACAGUGCCAGCCGAGUCUGGUCAGUGCCAACACCAGCGGGGUCUGGGUCGCCUCAGGAAGGAACCAGUUGCACCUGGCCCGCGGCAGUUUAGUGGGGACAUUCUGGCAGAACGUUGUCCCAAGAGGAACCGUCUCAGCCACCAGGUGGACCUUCAUCACAUCCUCUGCUGUGCCUCACAGAGAAGGUACAUUCCUGUGGUUGGCUCAGAGCAGGAAGGAUCUGUUCUGUGUUUGGGACCAGGAUGGCGAGCUCCGCCCCUCCUCUGUCCCUCUCCCACCUGAGGUGGAACUGACUCACCUGUCUGCCUGUCGUGAUGCUCUGUGGGGUUUGGACACUCAUGGUCGAGUCAGUAUUCGUACGUUGUCUCCAUCCUGUCCCAUCGGACUCCACUGGACCCUGCUGGACCUCAGCCAGCUCGGAAGUGUCCGUCUGGUCAGUGUAAGCUGCGGCAGUCAGAACGUCUGGGCCGUGGACAGCCGAGGAGUCGUUUACUUCAGAGUUGGAACCCAACCUCUGAACCCGAGCAUGAUGCUGCCGGCCUGGAUCCACAUAGAACCACCUGUACAGCCAAUAGGAGUGCAGCUGGUCAGUAUUCAGACGAGUCCUAAUGAUCAUCUGCUCUGGGCGUUGGACAACAGAGGAAGUGUCUUCGUCCGGACUGGACUCAGUGACGAGAUGCCUGUGGGGACGGACUGGGAGCUGGUCCCAGGGUUGGCGGUCAGUCAGCUGGUCCUCAGCUAUCGGACUGUUUGGGUUCGGUGUUUAAACGGAGAUCUGGCUCGACGUUACGGCAUCUCUGACAGAAACGCCGCAGGAGACUACUGGAAGAAGAUCCCCGGGACCGCCAACUGGUUAACUGUGACGCCAGAGGAUGAGUUGUGGGCCGUAACUCUGAUUGGUGGAUUGUCCCGGCGUCUAACGAAGCCCCUCCCACAAACUCCUUGUAGACCCGCCCCCUCUGGCCCCUCCCCUCGUGGUGACGAUGUCGACGAUGAGUGGGUGCUCAUCUGACCCAUGACAUCACUGUGAUGUCACCACUGUUUGGUGUUGGUCUAUCUGAUCUGGAUUCCCCUGGUUGGACGUCAUGAUGUCAAAGUGACCAGUGACACCAUUUCCUGUUUACACACAUCCCUCUGAAGUGACGUGCAGACAGGAAGUGGGUGAUGCCACUGUUGGACCAGCACUGAGCAGGCAGGUGACAUCACUUCCUGUGACACUUGUUUAGAGGACGGUUCUGUAAAAGAUGGCCGCCACACAGGGAGCCCCAGUAGCUGCUGGGAAAUUAAGUGAAAUGAGACUUUGUUUAUUUUUUGUUUUUGUUUUGACUGGAAGCACUUUAUUCUGAAAGGACAGCGGACUCCAGAGGGACGGGUUCUGGCUGGUUGUGACUGGUUUUAAAUCAGUUUAAUGUUUUCUAGUUCAGUUCAGUUCAGUUCAGUGUGGCCAAACUGGUUCUUUGCUGACUCACAUUGGUUACAUGGGUCCCUUUUCAUUGGUUCAGUUCAGACUGGUUCAAACUGUUUUAACUUGUUUUUAUGUUUUUAUUUAAGUGCAGUGUCUUUUUCUUCAGACUGGUUUAACCUGGUUUCCAGCACUGAUUCUGAUCCUCUUACUGGGACCAGACUGAACUGAACCAUGAUGACUGACAGUUCUACUGUUACCACGGCAACAGGCAGGAGCCCCGCCCACUGCAGAGCGUGUAAAAAUGUAAAUUUUGGUGAUGGACCUCAGGUCUGAGGUCUGAACUGGUCCUUUAAACUCGCCUCCCUCCCACUUCCUCUUCUCUGACAUCGUUGCCAUGGAAAUUUGAGAAUUGUGAUGUCAUCCUGCUAUCAACUGAUUGGUUGGAUGUAAACUCACUUAAUAAACAUGUUUAAACACUGAACA